AUUUGUUUGAUAACAUUGCAACAUGACGACUCGCUCGCCGGAUUAGGUUUACUAGUUUUUCUUUAAAAAUAUUGUUUAAAAAACUAUUGAAAUUCUACGGAUACAUAUUACUUUUUUCCAACGUUUGAUCGGUGUAAUCGAAACAAAAGUGUGAUUGUGAAAUGGAGGAGGAUUCCAGCUAUUACAUCUAUAUUUCGCUGACGUUGAUCCCGAUGUAUCUGGCCUUCAAAUUGAUUCAAUGGAUGGGCUGGGAGCUUUUCGUCAACAACUGAGCAAUUAAAGCUUCAAACCGUGCCACACACUAAACUAGUCAAAUCUGUGAAGUAAUGCUUCUUGUAAAUGCGUUUGAAAAAUAAAUACCGCAAUGACCUCAAUCUUGCUAAUAUCCA